AAAUCAUCAAGAAAAGAAAAUUGAACAUGAGCAUCUAAAAAUUGUAUGAAUAAGUACCUGCAACAUUCACAACUCCAGCAUAUCCCAUAUAGUAUAUUUUAGGAGCCACCCAUCCUCCAUAUGGUAAUUCUUGAAUAAAAAUACUGGAAUGGCUUUACAAAAAAGUAAAUACUCAGAUCUCCCCGAAGAUGCUAUACAGCUGAGUGAAAUUGAAGCAAUUAAAUAUCAAUCCAAAAUAUUGAAAAAUUGGAAGAAUAAAUCGGACGUGUUUGCAUUCAAAUAUGCUUCAUUGGCAUUAAGUACAGCAGGCGCCACAACAGGGAUGUAUUUCAUAAAUUACUAUAGAAAUAAACUCAAAUUGUACAACUAUGGAAGGUUUUCUUCCGUAUUACCCAUAAUUGUUAUACCUGGAUUGAUACCAUAUUUUCUUCAUUUAGAAUGGAUUCUUCCAGAUCUAACUUUGGGUGUAACCAAGUGUCCAGUAUGUAUUGAAACACGUGCAUCAUGCCUUCAGGCAGGAACAGGUUUCGUUUUGCCUGCAAUAUUAGCACCAUUGUCAUCAUUUGCUUUCUCACAUACAUAUGGAUCUUAUGAUAUACCAUACUUACACAAAGAACCUUUGAAAGUCUUUAAGUUAUACGUGAAGAUGACAAAACCAAUAGCUAAUGUGAUGUUAGGAAUAUUAAUGGGACAUAUUCUCUUAGCAUCUGCUGUAACAUACUUAGAAGCAAAAUCAAUAAAUACUGUUAAGAGAAAAUUAAGCGAGUUGGAAUACAACUUAGAACAUGGAAUACAGGCAGAGUAUGAUUUUUGAGAAAUAAUUAUAUUCAUCUAUAGUUCUGUUUUUUAGAAAUAAAAAUAAUUCACAUUUAA